GAGUGCUGUGCGUGAUGUUUUGUCUACCGGACGACGUCAAGCAGCGUCCCAUAUGCUCUAACCGUUAGGAUUCCUGCUUUUCACCCCACUCGACGAUGCGAACGCGAGUUUUCUUUUCACCUGACGUGUGCGAAACGAAAGGUAAUGCGUGGUCACCAUGGCGACAGAAACAAACCGGAAAUCAUAAUUCCGGCCAAUUGUUCUCAGCAAAUCAAUAGAAAAAGUACUAGAGUUAGAGUUUUUAUCACUUUUUAGUUUUAAAUGCUUUUUCGACAUUUACGUUGCCAGGUAACGUUGAAUUGCUCGAAUGUUGUUGAAACGUAGAGCGGAACAAAAAGUUGCGAACAACCUUUAGUUCCUUCUCUGCAGACAAGUCGGACAUUAAAAGUGAUCGCACCUCCGAGGCAUUUCUUCUGAUUUCUGCCCGUCUUCAGAAUCAGAAUCAAAUUCUGAUUUCUGCCCGUCUUUUCACCUUUAAAGACACAUUAUUCCACAAACAAGCAGCGCGUAUGAGUUGAAAUGUCCGAGAAAGAAGAAUUCGAAGAAGAAGAGACGAGCAAGCAAAAGGGCUACCGUCUGCUGGGCAUUCUCGACGUGCAGAAGACGCCGUGCGCCAGGGAGGCGGUCCUUCAUGGCGCCGGAGCCUCAUUGGCCGCCGGGCUUCUGCACUUUUUGGCCACCAGUCGUGUGAAACGGUCCUUUGAUGUCGGCGCGGGGGGCUUCCUGUUGACCACGUUUGCUUCCUGGUGCUACUGUCGCGUGAGCAACGCCAGGCAGCGAGCGCAGCAGAGGAUCGUUCGCCGCGGCAUCGAGAACAAGCUCCUCUACCAGGGGACCGGCGCCGACCCGCGAACGUCAUCGGGACCCUCGUGACCGCGAUGGCGCUGACCUCCUGGAAAGGACGCUGACUGGUCUGCGGGAAGUGAGCAUGCGGGCGCGGCUACCUGAGGAUGGCGGGCAGCCGGGGGCUCCUGUAGAUGAACUUGUGCCUGUAGGCCAGCGACGAGGGGAAGGCCACAAACUCAACUUUGUGACCGCCGAGGCUCUCGGAGCGCGCCGCCACCUCGUACAGCUGAGGGACACGCGACAGGCGGCGUGACUCGGGACUCGCGACCCCGCUCUCCUCCGACGGGCUGUCCGCCACACCUACCUCCUUGCCCAGGUGGAACGGAACCACGUGGUCGUCCUCGGCGUGAAGGAUCAACACGGGGCACGAGAUGUGAUUCACGCUGGACAAAAAAACACACGCCGGCCCGAUGAGGAAAGAGCUGCACUUCCUCUCGCGUCCACCGGAUGACGCCACUCGCGCGCCGACGUGAACUUGGACUAAUCCACCCAUCGACUCUUUGCCUUCCGCCUCCAAACCAAGACCGCAACUAUUGUGUGAAUAAUCGAUUCAUUGGUUUAAUUUGAUCUAAUCCGACGCAUGUGCAAGGCAAAAGCGGCAGAAGCACUUCCUCCUCGCUCGGGCGAGCGGCGAAGGAAGCCGACACUUUUUUUAAUCCAAAGACGACACUAGACGGUGUUUAGGCUUCGCUCCUACAUAUUUACAUGUAGCAUAUCAUAUUUGGAUAAAUAAACGAUAUACAUGUGUUUGACUUAGGUCUGAAGACCAAUCCCGGUAUUAAGAUUGGUUUUGCUUUGACAUGCUUGUUAGCGUAGCAUAAACAGGAAACGGGUUCGCUUCAUCUUAUUCAUUCGGUUAAUUGAUUAAUCGGAUAACAAAUAUUUGUUCAUUUGAAUCCCUGUAUUCAAAAACAGGACAUGAUUUCAAAUUGACAGAAAUCAGAACUUUUACUGUCGAGAGGUUGAUUAAACAAUUAAACAACGGCGCUUAACGAUUAAUCGAUUACCAAAAUAGUUGGCAAUUGAUCAAAUAAUCGAUUAGCAGAAAACUAGCAACCCUUUAUUUUUAUAUUAUUGACCGUUUUUUUUUUUUUUUCUUUUUGUGUCAGUGUCUUUCCGUCUCCAAAGUGUUCUCCGCCAAUUGUCGUACUCGAGCGGCUCCGACGACCGGAGACAAAUUCCUCGUGUGUUUUUUGGACGUACUUGGCAAAUAAAGAGGAUUGUGAUUCUGAA